AUAAUAACUUAUUUCACUCACCACAACUACUACUACACAACAACGAGACCCGUGUCUGGCGUUUUUGUUGCUAUUUGCGUAUGAGCAACAAAAGUUGAAGAUAGAAAAUGAGCCGCCACAUAGAAGAAAGAGAAGUCGAAAGACACGAUAGUGAUCGUGUAGUGAUAAAUUCCGAUUCCGAAUCUCCUAUCCUGGAAACACUCCUUCUAAAAAAAGGACCAAACGGAUAUACGAUUCAAAAAGGGAGAAAAAAUCGGAGGUCCGGUCGAAAUGGGACUGCACAGAAUCAUCCAAAAACAAAAACUUCAAAUCAACCCUUUUUCUACGAGUAUGUUUUUCCUGAUACCAGAAAUCAGCCGUAUUCAAAAUCUUCUGCAUUUGAUUUAAACCAUUUCACCUGCUCUUCUAAUUCCUGCUGGAUUCAGAAUAAUUCAGAAGCUUCAACCUCCAAGGAUCAUUUUGAAAUAGGGCUCGGAAAUGCUGUUCAAGAUCCUGUAAUUGACAGCAGCUCAGCAGAAAUUAAAGAUGGUUCUAUUGUGAUAGAAGACUUCGAUGAUUAUAAAAGUUAUCGUCUGAAUCCACUAUAUGACGAUCGGACACUUGGCGGAUGCAGCCUAGUUAAAAAAGAUUGCUUCCUAGGAGGGAAUAAGACACAAAAUCUCUCGGGCCUUGAUGGAUUUCCAUUCUCCGACCAAGGAACUUUAUUUCCAGAAACUAUGGAAGACAGCUUUGCAGAGCCAAUUCUUGAGAAGCUCUUUUCUCAAGUCAGUAACGCGUCUGAAGCUUCAACAAAGACCAUUGAUUCAGACGAUAUGAACUUCCUGGUUAAUACUGAUUGUGAGGACGAAGAUGAAGAGAGUAAUAUCAACAUUUUAGACGAUGGGAGUAUCCCUGUAAUCAGCAAGAGUGACUCCGAUGUACACGUUGUUGGUUCAUUAUAAAAAAAGAAAAGGUAAUCGACCACAGUUAUCUUCUUCUAGAGACUUACCUAAUUGAGAAGAGAAAAACUUAUGAUAGAUUCAUAUCUUACUGUAAAAAAGAUACAGAGCAUCAUUUAAUAAUACUCAAAUUUAGAUUUUAAGAGUAUUACGUUUCAAAUAAUUAUGACAAUAACUACAAUGCCGUGCAAAACAAGAGAGGGGUAACUGCAUUUGGAAUUUGAACCUACGAGUCAUAAUUGUUUCCAAUAUAUUUAAAUGGAAAACAAUUACGAAUCAGGUGGCAAAUCCUAAGUGUAGUUAUCUGCUUCUUUUUUUUACAUGGCAUUAAAAUUUUAUUUAGGAUUUUGAAUCCAGCGGCAGUUUUUCUUUUUUCAAAUUGCUUCACUGAUAAAUAGACUUAUUA